AUGGCCGACACGGAUGGGAGAGCAGUCACGCCUACUUCAACUCAAUAUGAGUCUGAUACGGCUCAUGGUUCGAAGGUGACAAGCCAUAGCAACAUGAAGGACGAGAAGAUCGGUCUAGAAGACGUCACUCUCUCGAAGUCACUUACCUUGGGAAAAAGCGAAGGCGACGGUACCAGUGAUGCAAACGAGCAACAUCCUUCACGGCCCUGGCUCCGUCGCAUCCUCAAACAUUGGCGACAUCCUUUAUAUGCUGCUAUCUGGCUUCUGUUUACUGGGUGGUGGAUAGCCGGUCUCAUUCUACAUCGCCAUGAUCUCGGAUGGUUGGUCCCUUUCCUUCUAUACCUCGCUAUCACACUUCGAAUUCUAUUCUUAUACGUGCCAAUCACCGUCGUUACCGUUCCAAUGCGCUGGGUUUGGGAUAAAACUGCCACACCAAUUGUGGGCGUGAUCCCCCAAAGAUGGAGGACCCUUGCCAGUGCAGUCUUGGUGAUAGGAGUGGUUUUGGUCGGCGCAUUCGCCUCUCCAGAAUCCGCUGAUAACACUCGAUCAAAUCGUGCCAUCAGCCUUAUGGGACUGGUGCUACUGAUUUCUUUUUUAUACUUCACAUCAAGAGAUCGCAAGCGAGUCGAUUGGCACCCGGUCAUUGUUGGAAUGCUGGUGCAAUUCAUCAUCGCACUUUUUGUUCUUCGCACCAAGGCUGGCUACGACAUAUUCCAUUUUAUUUCAAUUCUAGCCACGGAUUUACUUGGCUUCGCGAAGGACGGAGUUGAAUUCUUGACCACUACUCCCCUUCCAUCGAGCAUUAGUUCCUGGUUCUUGGUUACCACUAUCCCGGCCAUCAUCUUCUUCGUGUCUUUCGUUCAACUGUUAUACUACAUGGGAGUACUUCAAUGGUUCUUGGCAAAGUUUGCAGUAUUCUUCUUUUGGAGCAUGCGAGUCUCCGGUGCGGAAGCGGUUGUGGCAGCCGCCUCUCCAUUUAUCGGCCAGGGUGAAUCCGUCAUGUUAAUUCGCCCUUUUGUCGAGUAUUUGACCAUGGCGGAGAUCCAUCAAGUCAUGUGUUCUGGAUUUGCAACAAUCUCGGGCAGUGUCCUUAUUGCAUAUGUUGCCAUGGGCGUGGACCCGCAGGCUCUUGUGUCUGCUUGCGUGAUGAGUAUUCCGGCAUCUCUUGCCGUAUCCAAGCUGCGUUGGCCAGAGCAAGAAGAGAACUUGACGUCUGGUCGGGUGGUUAUUCCAGAAGACGACGAGCAUCGACCCGCGAACGCACUGGAAGCGUUUACAAAUGGAGCAUGGCUAGGUCUAAAGAUUGCAAGCAUGAUUAGUGCAACGCUACUUUGCAUCAUUUCGUUGAUCGGACUCAUCAACGGUCUUCUUACGUGGUGGGGUCGUUAUAUCAACAUCGACGGACCGGAUUUAACUUUGGAGUUGAUUCUCGGAUACCUCUGCUAUCCAAUUGCUUUUUUCCUAGGUGUCUCUCGAGACAAUAAUGAUAUUUUCCUGGUGGCUCAACUCAUCGGGUUGAAGUUGAUUACCAAUGAAUUCGUCGCAUACAACGCCCUCCAAACAAACCCAAUCUACGCCAACCUAUCCCCUCGCUCUCGAAUCAUCGUCACCUACGCGCUAUGCGGCUUUGCCAACAUCGGUUCAUUGGGUAAUCAGAUCGGUGUUCUAGCGCAGCUUGCACCUGGUCGUACUAGUGAUGUUUCGCGUGUGGCGGUUUCUGCUCUGAUAACGGGUGCAUUCAGCACUUUGACGAGUGCCAACAUUGCGGGAAUGGUUAUUGUUGAUGAAUCAAAAUAUGCUACAUCUUUGACUGCUUGA